UUUUGUCUACUGACUAGGGGCUUUCUAUAAUUUUUGGCCGUAAUAGAUUUGGCAAUUCCAUGUUUGAAGACACCUGAGGGGUUCAUGUCUUUCAACCUAUUCUGUUAACUUUGGUUUAUGUUGAGGACUGAGUAUUUCAAGAAUCGAACUCAAGAUCUAUUGUUAUUGUUUGUAAUGAGCACUAAAAUUUUUAAGUUCGAUUUUCUUAAAGGUGUUUUUCCUUUGGGGAUGUUUCUUCAAAAAAGGGAUCCAUCGGCAUACUUGAAAUAUAUAUGUGAAAUAUAUAUUUACCCUACACGAUUGUUGUCAAAAGGAAUACUGCAUGUUUGACAAGAGUGAAAGCCCUGGUAUUGGUUGCGAGAUAUUGGUGGAUAUGAUGAAAUAUAUUUCUCCUUCUCAUGUGGUUAAGAUAAACAUAUCUGCGGCGAGUAAGAAUCUGCCAGGUGGGACAUUCUGGUUGGAUGGUGAUUGUGACGGGAUGGUUAAUAUCAUAGAGAUCAACUCAGCUUGCCAGAACUCCUUUAAUAGAUCAUUGCUAGUACAGAAGGAUGCUCGCCUUCUGCGGGAUUUACGGAUUAUGGCUUAUUUCAGGCAGUGCUUUCCUAGUGACAAGCCUAUUACUACAAUCAAAGAGCUUGCAUAUGCACUGGCUUCUCAUUCUCCUUAUGAAGUUCCAAUAUCAAGUAUCAAAAUUAGGCAUCUUCACUGCCAGGUCCCAAGCACUGAAAUGUACUACAGUUCGAAUGCAACUAAUGUUGGCUUGGCAGUUAGUUCAGAGGAGUCUGAAAAUUUACCCUGGUGUGUUGGUCUAGUUCUUCAAAUUUCCAUUCAUUUUGUUGGAAAAAAUAAAAUCAUUGUUGCUGCAAAGAAAUCUCCUCAAGAACCAGGAAUUAGCUUUCUGGAGAAGGUCAAUCUCUUCCUGCAGGGGUUUAUUCAAAUUCCUACUUGCCAAACUGUAUUUGCUAUGUCUUCUCAUGGGAACCCCACUUUUCCCCCCUUUUGGGGGAUGGGGAGGAAUAAUGGGGAUGGGAGUGUGGGAGAGAGAGACAUACACUUGAUUGGUACUAAAAGGGGAAUAAAAUUAUUCAAACUCCAAACUUCUAUGGGAAGCAGUCCUGCUGAAUUGGGUUGUGUCUUGCUAGUGCGCAGUCCUUAUCACUGCUAA